GACGAAGAAGAAGAGUGAACCAAACAGCUGAGCGGUAGAAGGUUAGGCACACAACUGCGAGAAUGAAACCGCACAAACAGUGACAACAAACGGUAUAACUGCCCGGUUAUACACCAACUGUAGCCGUUUGGGAGUAAAACCUCAAUGUACUGCGAAAAAAAGUGGAUAUUCGGACACGUUCAUGACCAAGGAAGAUGUAUGGCGCUGUGUACGUCGUGUCCACGGUGACAGGCUACCUCCUCACCUCAGCUCUGUUGCUAAAAUGUCCUACUCUUCUCCAUCGGAAGAAGAGAGAGAUAUUCCACGGAAGGCACAUUUCCCAUCGUGGAGGAGCAGGAGAGAACCUGGAAAACACAAUGGCGGCUUUUAAACACGCGGUGAAUCUCGGCACAGACAUGUUGGAACUCGACUGCCACCUGACAAAGGAUGGGCAGGUUGUGGUAUCGCACGACGAGCAUCUGCAGAGAGCAACAGGCAUGGAUGCGUACAUCUGUGACAUGCCGUAUGCGGAGUUGCCUCCCUACCUCUGCAAACUGGGUGUAACCUUUGAAAGGGAAUGUUUCUGUGAGGGGGGAGAGGAUAAACGCAUCCCUCUGCUGAAGGACGUUUUCGAAGCCUUUCCUGAAACGCCUGUCAACAUUGACAUCAAGGUCAACGAUGACACACUCAUCAAGAAGGUGUCCGAGAUGGUCAUCAAAUACGACAGGGAGCAUCUUACAGUCUGGGGCAACGCUAGCAACCAGAUCGUCAGGAAGUGUUACCAAGAGAACCCUCGCAUUCCGGUGUUGUUCAGCUUUCCCAGAGUGUUGCAGUUGUUGGGCCUCUUCUACACCGGACUUCUCCCCUUUGUUCCAUUAAAGGAGCAGUUCCUGGAGAUCCCGAUGCCCAGUAUUAUUACCAAGCUAUAUGAUCCAAACAGAAUAACUAAAAGCCAGCGUUUCAUUACCUGGCUCGCAGACAGCUUAUUGAUGAGGAGAGCUCUCUUUCAGCAUCUCACUGCCAGAGGAAUACAGGUGUACAUUUGGGUGCUGAACGAUGAAGAAGAUUUCCAGAGGGCAUUUGCUUUGGGAGCCACAGGAGUUAUGACAGACUUUCCAACCAGGCUAAAAGACUUCUUGGAUCAGACUGACGUUGCCAAGCCUCGAUAACACGCCUACUACAUACACCUCAAGCCCUUUAGAGCACACAUUAUCGCCAUCGUGCUUCAGCAUUAUAAAAUGUAUACACUGCUAUUAAGUAUUUCAUUCAUUCAUCCAUUUUGAUCACUAUUAUUCAUUCAUUUAUUUUCUAUGCCGCUUAAUCCUCACGAGUGUCGCACUGGUAUGCUGGAGCCUAUCCCAACUGACUUUGAGCGAGAGGCGAGGUACACCCUGGACUGGUCACCAGCCAAUCACAGGGCACAUAUAGACAAACAACCAUUCACACUCACAUUCAUACCUAUGGACAAUUUACAGUUACCAAAUAACCUUUAAAAAAGUUGAAUUAUUUUACUUGAAAGUAACUUGAAUUUGUUAGCAUCAUUUUUUUUACUCAAAAUGUCUCCAAGAAGUAUGCACUGAUACAAUAGCGGUCUUAAAAAAAACGUCUGCCAUGACAAAAAAUAGUCAAGGUGGGCAGCUUUUUGAUUUUAAUUGACAUGGCCGGUGUGGGCAUUAGCCAAUAUGUGAGUAAACACACUGGGAAGUUGCGUUGCAUUUCUACAAAGACGGUGUUGUAAUGCCAUCUUUUUCACUUUGCACAAAAAAGGGUGUCUAUAAUCUGUUGAUUGCAAUGAGUGUUGUUAUCUGUGGUAGUUUUUUUUUU